UUGUACUUAUUCGUAUUUCUAUUGAUUUCUAAGUUUCGAACUAUAUAAAACAUUUUUUGUCACACGUAUAGAAAAAAGAAUAAGAUGCCUGUGAUGGAAUUACUUUUAAAUUAUUGAAGAUACUUAAAAGUGUUUAAGUUAGUUAAUUACAAAUUUCGCGGCACAUCAACAACUCAACUAACUUUCAAUCACCUUGCAAUCGUUUUACCAAAGAGUAAAAUACAACUGUAACUACAACAAACGAUUAUGUAAGAUCACCGAAUAUUUUCAGUACCGCACAGCUUUCAAAUACUUCACAUUUAUAAAAGUUUUUUAAUUAAUGAAUUGAUUUGAUUGCAAUAGACAAUGAAUAGGUAAGAAAAAAAAAAACCCCUCCAAUCCGCAUUGGGCCAGCGUGGCCAGCGUGGAGGGUCAUGGCCCAACCUCCUUAACCAUCCAUAAGGAAGGCCUGAGCCUCUGCAGUGGGGACGUAAAAAGGCUGAUGAUAAUAGGUACAAAAACAAAAAAAAAUACAUUGACUUUCUUUCUGAUUAUAUAAUAAAUAAUUCGGUAGAAAAUUAUUUACUGAUAUUAUGUUUCAACAUAACUAAUUAUAUAAUAAAGGUAAGAUCGUAUGUUUUUGGAUUCCUUUGCCUUAACCGAUCAAAAAGUAAGUUAAUGUCAAUAUGGCUGUCAAUUAAUAAAGAUCUGUCAUUGAGACAAUAACAAAAAAGCUUCUGGAUUCGAUUGUGACUUCAUUUUCACAUUACGAUUGCCUGGUUUUAAAAAUCUUAUGUUAGAAAAUCUAUGUUUACUUUCUUUUGUAUAGCUUUUCAGCUACCCGAUUUUUGUUUAAAUUUAGUUUUUUACAUGUUGUGUUGUUGUGUAAUGUACAUGUAUUAUUAGCACUUGUUGGGUUUUUCAUGCUUUCAUGUUAAAAAAAUUGAUAUUACUUUGGAGCAAACCAAAUGGAAGGUUAUUAUUCCAGGUCUGAAAUCCUAGAGAAUAUCCAAAAAAAGAAAGAACAAGAAAAGGACCCGCAAAGUCCUGGUUAUCAACAACAACUAACCAAAACAUCUGAUAAGCCCACCUCUUCACCUGAGCACAAUGUUACUGCUUCUAUAACACAGCAUGCAGUCACCCAACAUCUUUUGUCUCCUACACAUACUCAAGGAUCGCCUGCACAAGGAAAAGAUGAUUCUAAAGAUAAGACAAUAAAAGUUGCAAAUUCCACUACUAUUACAUUAAUAGAAAACGGAAAUAUUAAUAGUGAUAAAGAUAAAGAUAAUUAUCAAAAAAAUUAUUUUACUUUAGAGCCAAAAAAUGACAAGAAAGAUGACUGUAACAAAAAUAGUAUUACUAUAACUCGAACUAUAUCUAAACCUCCACCUGUGAGUCAAUCUGAUAAACCUAAAGUUCCAUUAAAGCCUGUGAAGCGACCACUGCAGUGCUUGGAAACCUUGGCUGAAAAAGCUGGUAUCACUUUUGAGGAUAAAUACGAAGCUGCAAAUACUUUAUUAGCUUUGGAUAAACAAAACAAUACUUUUAGGAGGCCAGAAUUAAAACAGCCUAAAACUGAAAUAUUGGAUAGCCAGAAUCCUGGUGAGGAAUAUAGGUAUAGAAACCAUAAAGAAGAGGAUGAUAAGCUUCAGAUACAACAACAAAUAAUUCAGCAUCAACAACAACAACAAUUGCAGCAGUUACAGCAACAACAAUUGCAGCAGUUACAGCAGCAACAGUUGCAACAAUUGCAACAACAGGCUUUGCAAAGACAACAUCAGCAGGCUUUACAACAACACAUUAAAAAUCAACAGGAUCAGCAGGAACUUGUAAGAAUACAUUUUUUUUUUUCUAAUAGCAUACACAAAUGAGUUGAAACAAAUAUUUAAUAUGUUGUGAGUCAGUGCAAUUCAUAAUAGGGAAUAUGCAUAUUUUUGGAAAAUGCUUUUAUAUGAUAAUUUACAUCGAUAUAUUACUGCAAAAAAAUACCCGGCACCGAAAAACUAAAAUUUUGUAGCAUUAAUAAUUGGUGAAAAUAAGUAAUAGCUACGAGCAGUUUAAACAGCGGAAUUUUUGGCGCGCUUAUCGUGACUUCAAAGUACACGACUAGAGAUAUGACAUUUUAAAUCAAUAUGUAUUUUGAGUGAUUGAUUAUUAUCUAAUUACCCAAAUCGAUUAACAACUAAUCGAUUUUUUAAAGUAUAAUAAACUUUUUAACAAAUCAUAUAGUUUACCAAAAUGAUGAAAUAAAAAUAAAAGCCUAAAAAAUCAUUUAAAUUGUGAACUGUUUUUUAAUUUUGCCAUAAAUACAUUGAUGUUAUUGCAUCGAUGUUAACUUUUUAUAACAACGACAUCCCUAUACGUGUACAUUUUCGUCACAUCCGCUCUGACAAGUAGCAUGGCGUUUGAAUAUUUUGAAGUUACCGCAUUUUUUAGUCAAUUUUUAAUAAUUAUUUUCAAGGCGAAAACGAAUUAAUGUUGAAAAAUAUUUACAGAGACUUUAUUCUAAAGCAAUAAUGAUGGUAAUAAAAUAUAUUAAACCCUUUUUUGAAUCAGACGCAUAUUCCUUAUUAAUAUUACAAUAUCUUCUAUAUGCUUAUUAUUGUAUGUACGUGAUAUCAUCCAAUGUUAAAACUAUUAUAGUAUAAACCACUGAUAGUUGCAGAAACAGUUUCAGCAGCAGCAACAGCAGCAGCAGCAGCAACAACAACAACAACAACAACAACAACAACAACAACAACAACAACAACAACAACAGCAGCAGCAGCAGCAGCAACAGCAGCAGCAGCAACAACAACAGCAGCAGCAGCAGCAACAACAACAACAACAACAGCAGCAGCAGCAGCAGCAGCAGCAACAACAACAGCAGCAACAGCAACAACAACAGCAGCAACAACAGAAAUCUGAGUUACAGCAGCAAGAUCUUCAGCAGCAGAAGUUUUUGCAGGUACACCUUUUAAUUGGUUGUAAAUUUUACAGGAGAGCUUUUAAAUUUUUUUACAAUAGUAAAUGACAUGGCAGAAUCCUGCCCAAAGAAUCUAUUAA